AUGCCCACCUCUAUUCGACGCGUAGCCGUCAUCGGCGCUGGACCCGCCGGAGCCAUCGCCACCGACGCCCUCGUCAAGGAAGGCGUCUUUGACACCAUCCGCGUCUUCGAGAGGCGCCACGGAGCUGGCGGAACAUGGCUCCACACACCGCAUCUCCCCGCCGCCAUCCCUUCGCUGGAAACCCUGGUCUCCGGAAAGGCGGACCGGGCCGUAGACAUCCCCGAACGGUUGCCGGCCAUCACGCCCCUAUCCGAGGCCGUCAACAGCCACCAGCAGCGCUUCUCCGACACCGCCAUCCACGAGAACCUCCACAGCAACAUCACGCCGGGCAUCAUGAGCUACACCCAGGAGCCUCUCCCCGACCGCCUCUCCCAGCGCGCGCUUGAAGAGUACGGCCCCACGUCCCCUACCGGCACCACACCGUCAUCCGCGACGCGCCGUCAAGAGAACCGGGAAUGGGUGUUGACGCUGCGAAAAGUCGUGCGCGGCCGCAACUACUGGUGGCAGGAGGUCUUUGACGCCCUCGUUGUCGCGUCGGGCCAUUACAAUGUCCCCUGGUUCCCGGAUACACCUGGCUUGCUCGAGUUUGACAGGAAGUUCCCCGGGGCCAUCCAGCAUAGCAAGCAGUUUCGCGAGGCUUCUCCUUAUAAAGGAAAGAUUAUCCACGAGCUUUUGGAUGCUGUCGAAGGGCCCGUGUACGCGUCCAUCCGCGGCGAGCCGAUCCCAUCAUUCGGCUGGGAACCGUUCAAGCACCCCAAAAUACAAGUGAAACCCGGCGUCAGCCGCCUCGAUGCGCAGAGCGGAACCGUCCAUUUCACCGACGGGUCGAGCGUCGAACGAGUUGAUCACAUCAUUUUCGGGACCGGAUACACCUUCAGCUUCCCUUUCUUGCCCGCGGUCCAGUCGCGAGUCCAGGAUGCCUAUCGCCGCCUUCCCGGUGUCUAUCAGCACACGUGGAACAUUGAUGACCCUACACUCACAUUUGUUGGCAUGCUUGGCGGAGGGUUUACCUUCCGCGCUUACGAGUGGCAGGCCGUCGCAGUCGCGCGCUUCUUGGCCGGGAGAGCCAACCCGCUGCCGUCCAUUCCAGAGCAGCUCGAAUGGGAAAGGAAACGAGUAGCGGAGAAGAAGGGCGGCAAGGAUUACUACUCCAUCGCGCCAGACUACGCCGACUUCUUCGAGUUCUUGAGAGGGAUAGCCGGUCCCCCAGCCCCGGGAACCAGCGGUAGAGUGCUUCCCCGUUCGACCCCAGUGGCUCGAGUCCCCGGGCCGCUCGAAACGAACCCAUUCGCUCUCCUUGCAGCUUAG